GGGGGUGUGAAUGGAGGAAGAAGGGAGACUUUAUUGAACCCGCACCCGAGUCUCCCCACUUGCGACCGUUAGGACCGUUAUGUGACCCCGCCCCCUCCCCUUUCAAGUCUGAAAGGGCGCCUUCAGCCUUAUGCAGUUAUAUACAACGUGGUUCUCCACUUGUAAUCAAGAUGAGCAUUGCGCUCUUGUGACUACAUUUGGUGUUUUUCUAAAAUAAAGUACCAUGGAUCAGUAUGAAAUAAUUAAAAUGAUUGGGGAGGGAUCCUUUGGCAAAGUUUUCUUAGCCCAUGGAAAGGAGGAUAAUCAACUAUGUGUUAUCAAGGAAAUCAGUUUAACAAAGAUGCCAAGAAAAGAGAAAGAAUCAUCUCAGAAAGAAGUCGCCCUUCUAGCCCGGUUGAAGCACCCUAAUAUAGUAACCUUCUACACUUCCAUUCAAGAAAAAAAUAAGUUGUACAUUAUUAUGGAAUAUUGUGAUGGAGGUGACUUAAUGAAGAGGAUUAAAAUGCAACAUGGAGUGCUGUUUGAAGAGGACAAGAUCUUGGGAUGGUUUGUGCAAAUCUCCUUAGGACUGAAGCAUAUACAUGACAGGAAGAUUCUGCACAGAGAUGUAAAAGCACAGAACAUUUUUCUCAGCAAUAAUGGAAUGAUAGCAAAACUUGGAGACUUUGGGAUUGCGAGAACAUUGAGCAACACUAUGGAAUUUGCACGCACAUGUGUAGGAACUCCGUAUUAUUUAUCACCUGAGAUCUGUGAGAACAAGCCAUAUAACAAUAAAACAGAUAUAUGGUCACUUGGCUGUGUGUUGUAUGAGCUCUGCACUUUAAAGCACCCUUUUGAAGGCAACAAUUUACCCCAGCUUGUGCUAAAGAUCUGUAGAGGCCAUUUUGUACCAGUAUCUACAAAGUAUUCAUAUGACCUAAGAAGUUUAAUAUCUCAUUUGUUUAAAACAUCUUCAAGAGAUCGCCCUUCUAUCAACUCCAUUUUAAAAAAGCCAUUUUUGGAGAAACAAAUAAGGAAAUAUUUACCCCCUGAGAUCAUGGAGGAAGAAUUCAGCCACACUGUGCUUCACAGGAAAAGACCAUCACCUUCACCGUCUUCAGCUCCUAAGGUUCAGAAACCAAGAUUCCAUGGCCAUCAUUCUCCAAAAAUCAAGAUGGAAAUGCUUCCCAGAAAGCCAGAAUUAUUAAAUCAAAAUGAAUGGAAAUUUCCUUCAAGAAUACAGGAUCCUUUUGGCCAGCUCUGGGGUCCCAAGUUAAAGAUGUGCAGGAAGCCAGAACAUGCCAGAAUAUGUGGACGCUAUGACCAUUAUUACGCGAAACUGGAAAACUUGCAGAAAAGACCCUUUGUGCAGGAGGAUGGUCCUCGCAUUAGCCAUAGAAUGGACGAGUACUUUAAGGAGAAAGGACAAGAGCCACCACCUCCUCCACCUCAUUGGCCUGCAGAAUACCUUCAAAGACGAUACAAUGCCCAGCAGUACAAGUUAAAAGUACAGAAACAACUUGGGUUGCGCCCAUCUUCUGCUGAUCUCCCUUAUGGUCACAUGCAGAAUCAGGAGAUGAAAGAAGAACAGCUCAGAGCCUGUCAAAAAGCUCUUGCACAAAAAAAUGAAAUGAAAGAAAAGGAAUACUUAGAACAGCUGCAGAAAAUUCGACAGGAGUAUCGCAGUGAAAUGAAUGAAAUUAGACUUAAAGCAGAAGCACUAGAGAAGAAUAAAAAUAUAAAAGACAAGACCUACCUUGUGAAACAGAGGAACUCUGGGGACCUUCCUAUUUACAAUGAUGAUAUCUCUGAAGGAAAAGAUGAAGCAUUCCAGGAUAUUGAGCAAAAUUUGAAACAGAUUGGAUUCCAUAACUGGCAGGAGAGAAAUGCCUUUGAAAUAAAGCACAAAGCAAAGGGAGGUGUAAAGUUUCAGAUUGACCUAAAAGCUGAUUUCCCAGAUGUAAGCAACAUCCAAGAAGAGAAAGAGGAUGAUAAACUUAAUGACACUUUGACUUUUGAAGAUGGAGAAAAGCUUAAGAAAAAUCUGAAAAACAACUAUGAUAAUAUCAUAGACAAAGCAUUGGAAGAAUUAUGCUGUUGGAAAAUGGAUUGUGACAGUGAAGAUGUUGCCACAGUAAACAGAAAACACUGGAAAGCUUCAGCCCCACAGACUAUCCUGAACCUUCUUGAAAAUGCAGAUAUAACCUCUGUAUGCCCUACGAUGGAAGAAGUUGAUCAGGUAAUCACACUGCCUUUGGAACUCCCUGAAAACAGGAGAAAAUGGAGCCAAGAAUCACCUGGGACACUAAUGAAUAUGUUAGCAGAAGCAGAAUGUUCCAAUGAUACUUUGUUCCAAGCGAAAGAGCAAUCUGAGACAAUAAAUCCACUGAAUUCACAAAUCGAUGGAACUGAUGUGGCAGUGGCUUCUGCUGUUGAAGAGGAUGAAACCAGACUUGAUUCCAGAUCUGAUGAUGAUGACACAAACUUUGAAGAAUCUGAAGAUGAACUGAGGGAUGAGCUGGUGGAAUCCCUGGAAAAAGUGGUAACCUCUUUAGAAGAGGAGAUCUCGAAAGCUCCAGUUGAAUCAACAAAUGAAAAUCAAGUGAAAAAGGAAAAUGAAGUACAUAGUGAACUUAGAAGUCCUAAUCUAAGCCUGGAAGAUAACAACUUGGCUAGAGACAAACAGGAAGGAGCGAUCAGUUAAAACAUUUUAGUUAAUACUUUAAGAAAUGAUAACAGGUAGUGUCCAUGUUAAAGGGUUAGCAUUUAGGGAGUGCCUCUUUGUAGAAUUGUCAUUUCUACAGUUAAUCAGAGAUAAAAGGCACUCAACAGCGGAGAACAUAUGAUCCAAUAAUGUAGCUACUUCACCAUUUUGAACUCAGUAUUGAUCAAAAUGGGUAACGGCCCUGUCUCUGGGCUAAAUCCAAAGUAUAUUCAUUAAGUGUUGAGUGAGGGAGUUCCAUCUAGUGUGAAAAUAUAAGCACUUUCUCUUCAUGCCGUCUUUAUCUUAAUCAGCAGGCUAGAGAUCUGGCAGCAUAGCCGUGUGAUGUUCCCUUAAGCUGGCAUAGUUAUUUGUUCCAAUUUCUAACCCCAAGGAUCUUCUGAUAAAUGGGCAAUGAAGAUGGAUAACUUUUCAGUAACUAUCCCAAGUGCAGUAAACACAUCUAGAUUGCCCCAUGCUUUUUAUGCCUUCCAUCACGUGUGUGCGUCCGAUAGAAGCCUACCAUCACAACAGUUUACUUGUUUCCUAUUUCUCACGGUGAUGCCCUUAACAGAUGUAUCAUUAUCAACAUAGGUCUUGCUCUUACUAAAAUGAUGAACAUCAGACUGGAAGUGAGGCUAAUACUGUUCAAUAAUAACCUUCCUUCCCUCGCUCACCAAAAAUCAACUGAACACAAAGAUGUUAAGAAACUUCAUAGCAUAGUUUUCUCUCUGAAGAGUAGUAUGCCUGCAAUGAUAAAGCUAUUAGAUGCAGAUUCAAGCCCAGGUGCCUUUGAACAUCACUUGAAAUUCUAAGCUUGCUCUAGUUUCAUAUAUGAACAAGCAGAGCUGUUGAAUGUAUUCAGAAAUGUAUUAUUGGCAAAUUCUGCUGAGUCUGUGUUUCUUAUUUAAUUUUUGUAAAAUAAAAUAUGAAUGUGGGAAGGAAUCUCACUAGAAGUGUU